AUGUGCGUGAGGGAAUCUGACAACGGAACAGAAGUUGGUUUGGUCGGUUAUGGUGAAUCUUUGACGAUCGUUUCAACAAACUAUCCAGACAACUAUCCAAAUAACAUCAACACUCAAUGGCUUGUUUCUGGACCAGCAGACGACCAGAUCAUGGCAGUUUUUAGCACUUUUGAUCUGGAAUACAACCAUGACUUCUUGAGGGUUGGUUCUGGUCUUGAUCCAGAUGAUACAGCAUCAUUAUUGGCUACUCUCUCAGGUUCUUCUCUACCUGAUAUCAUAGUCUCUAACAACAAUGAGAUGUGGCUGGUUUUUACCUCAGACGGUUCAAAUACAGAGCUUGGGUUUAGGGUUAACAUCGAAGUUUCUAUUGCAAGAAACUAUACAGAUCUUGGCAACGGAACAGAAGUUGUUACCUUUGGUUUUGGCGAGUCUUUGACGAUCGUUUCACCAAAUUACCCAAACAACUAUCCAAAUAACGUCAACACUCAAUGGCUUGUUUCUGGACCAGCAGACUACCAGAUCAUGGCAGUUUUUAGCACCUUUGAUCUGGAAUUCUACUCUGAUAUCUUGAGGAUUGGGUCUGGUCUUGAUCCAGAUGAUACAGCAUCAUUAUUGGCUACUCUCUCAGGUUCUUCUCUACCUGAUAUCAUAGUCUCUAACAACAAUGAGAUGUGGCUGGUUUUUACCUCAGAUGUUUCAGUUACAGAGCCUGGGUUUAGGGUAAACUUCGAAGUUUAUACUCCAAGAAACUAUAUAGGUAAUUGAUGAACUAUCUGUCUCGGCUUUUAUUUU